GUCAUGCGCGGGGACACCGGAGGCGCGUGCACAGUCCGUGUAACGGCUUUGCUUGGCGCGUCUCCGUUUCUCUUCUGAGGGGCUGAGAGUCGCGGAGUUUCCUGGUUGGAGGCUGUGGCGGACGCGAUUUGCUUCUUCAUAUAGGGUUCCGGAGGCGGCGGAAAGUCCAGCGGGUCUCCGAAGCCGGUAGACGGAGCCAUGAAGAAGACCUCGGGCUUCAGGAGGGGGAAGGGCGGGCUGCCCUGGGGCUCGGUCAGCAGCCCCGGGAAGGUGGGCGCGGGCGCCGGGAGUGAGAGUGCGGACCACGCCUCCUCCCAGCCCAGGCGCCACGACCCGGACAAGGGGCUCGACAGGCUCCGCAGAGCUGCCGGCGGACACCGGACAGAGACAAUGCGGCGGAUCCUUUCUCUGCCGAAGAGUGGCGUGGAUGACAGAGACGAGAAGAACAGGCUGUCCUGUGGACAGAGUUCUGGUGACUCAUGGCUUUCAGUAGAUGACGAACCCUUUGAUUCUGAUACCAAGACUACCUUUGAGAAUGUUCCACAGAAAUAUGAUAGUCACUUAACUGGAGCUGAUGGUCAAAGAGGAAAAAGUACAAUAAAGGAACAAGAAGAUUCUCUUGAGCAAUAUCAUCACUUGAAGCCUAAGGUUGAAAUCAAAGAGUGUGUUUCGAACCAGGCGGUCGGAAUGAAAGAUGUACAAGCAUGCACAUCAGCUUUUUCAGCUUUGGAUUUUAAUAGUUUGACCUUUAGUAAUGAGCUUCAUGAAAGAUCUGAGAAUUUGAAAGUUGGUGAUCUAUGUCCAUUUGUAUCUCCACCAAUGACCAACACUGUGUUGGGAUCCACAGACUUGGGGCAGAAGAACUUAAUAGAUCAAGAAAAGAUGACCACUGUAGGUGCGCUUCUAUUUUGGAAUCACACUCUCCGUGACCUGUGUGAGUCACAGCUACCAGAAAACAAAGAUAGCAAAGAAGAACAAGAUUUAGAAGUGACGUCAGAGCAAGAGCCAGAAAGGCUUGAAGGAAGUGAAAAUAACAAGCCACAGGCAGAGCGAGAAAGGAAGACACAUGCAAGGAAUGAAACAGAAGCAUCAAGAAACCUACAUGAUGUCUCCACGGAUGACCGUAUUGAUAAUGGGUUAAUUCAACAAGGAGAGAAUGGAAAAACUGAUGGUCAGCAAAUUCCUAGGACAGAGCAGGAAAAGUGUGAUAGUAGUGUCCCUGCCUUGCAUAUGAAGAAAGUAAAGAAAAAUGAACAUGAAGAAUGGACCACAACAGAAUCUGUGACUUCACUAGUAUUUAAGAAGGCUGAUUUAAUAACUCUUGAUCUGCUGCAAGUGACUGAUGAGAGCAGUUUAACUGAAAUAGAUGGGGAAGAAAGAAGGCUUACAAAGAAAACAUCUAACGAGAAGGACAAGGUCAGAAACCAAAUCCAUUCUGUGGAUGGCUUUGAUGACUUAACUUGGUCAUCUGAAAUAGCCUCAGAGUUUUUGAGCUGCCUUACUCUAAUUACAAAAAGUUUAUAUUGCUCAUUGAAGAACUUGGCGUGGAUUGUAAAGAUCCUGUUAACCUACUGAAAAUUCAGGAUGCAGUUCAUUCAUGGGAAAGAGCAAUAGAAGUUGAAAAAAAUCACUGUGAACUACUUACAGUAAAAAUGAAAAAAAUGGAAAAUGAGGUCCAUGUACUACAAAAGGAGUUAUCUGAAACAACAGAAAUAAAAUUACAGUUAGAACAUCAAAAUGAUGAAUGGGAACGAGAUUUCUACAGUUUGAGAUCUACCUUAAGACAAGAAGAAGAGAAGAGAAAAAAUGCCAAUGCAUUGUAUGAAAAAAUCAGGGGACACUUAAGAAGAAAAGAAGAGCAGUACAGGAAAGAAGUUGAAGCAAACAAACAACUUCAGCUGACGCUGAGAACACGAGAUACGGAAUUGAGGACAGUAAGAAAUCAUUUGAACCAGGUUGUACAAGAGCUAAAUGACACCCAGAGGCAACUUUCUCGGGAACAGAACGCCAGAAUAUUACAAGAUGAAAUUCUGACCAAUCACCUUUGCAAACAAAAGGAGAUAGCACUGGCUCGAAGGAAAAGGAAUUCUCAGAUUCCUCACAGCCAUGACAAAGUACAAGAUCUGUUGCAUGAAAAUCGCAUGUUGCAGGACGAAAUUGCCACCCUCAGACUGGAAAUAGACACAAUAGAAAAACAGAACCAGGAAAAUAAAAAGAACUAUUUUGAGGACAUUGGUGACCUGCAAAAGACAAUAAAACGGAAUGGGGAAAUAUUAACAACAAUGAUAUCCGAGUAUACUGCACAGCUUGGUGUCCUGACAGCUGAGAAUACCAUGCUCCAUUCUCAACUGGAGAGGGAAAAACAAAAGAAAGAAAGCCUGGAGACAGAAGUUGAAUCACACCGUUGCAGACUGGCUGCUGUUAGACGUGAUUGUGAACAAAGUGAGACAUCCAAAAGAGACGUGGAACUUGCUUUCCAGGGAGCAAAAGAUGAAUGGUUUCAUUUACCGGAGAAAAUGAAUUUUGAUGACCUAAAAGCUAACAGUGUCCUUCGUUCUCAGCAACUGUCUAGAACUCAAAGUAACUUGGAAAGCCUAAGCCUUAAGUUCCAACACACAAGAGAUGCUCUUACAGAAAAGCAGAAAAGAGGUUUGUUUCAGAAUGCACGGGAAGAGACCUACACCAAACCCAGUGUCAAAUCCAGGAAAUUCAACAAAUGUAUCAAAAUAAACAAUGUAACUGAAGGAAUUCAUUGGAAAGCAGGAAUCUGUAGAGGCGAGGCUGUCUCAACUGCAGAGUGAAAAUAUGUUGCUUCCACAGCAACUGGAUGAUGCUUACAACAAAGCUGACAAUCAAGAAAAGACAAUAAUUACUAUCCAAGACCAAUCUCAUGCUACUGUGAAAAAUCUUCAAGCUGAGAAAGAAAAGCUAGAAGAGAAAAAUCAGACAUUAAUCAACGAAUGCAAUCAUUUUUUUAAAAGGCUUCAACAACAGGGAAAUGAGAAAGCAGAAAGAGAAAUGAGACACUCUAGUUGCAGGAAAAGAAGCUCAGGGCUCCCACUGAUUCAACUUUAUGAAUUCCAUGAAAAGCCAUGCAUGGUCGCCGUCUACCCUGGAAAUGUGACAAGAACCUUCCAGUUCAACCAUGUGAUUUCACUCAUGAGAUGGAGUCUCACUAUGCUGCCCACGCUGGUCUGAAAUUCCUGGCCUCAUGCAAUUCUCUUUCCUCAGCCUCCCAAACUGCCAGAAUUACAGAACAUAGAAGAGCAAACUGAGGGUUUCUUGGACAGCAUUGCAGCCAAGGAGCUUAAAAGAUGCCGCAGGAGUUUCAAGACAGUAUAGCUAGAGAGCUACUAAAAGGUAUGUUGCCAAAGUUUAUGAACUAAAUUUAAUUCAUUGAUUUCUGAAACAAGCUAUGAAUAGCAAAUAGCAAGCAUCCCUUUCCAUAAUUUGGUUAACAGGUAAUAUGUUAAAUAUUUUUUCAUACACACCACUAAUGAAAGAUGUGAAAGCAUUAACAUUUAUAAUGAAAAGUAUACUUAACUCGUCAUUAAUUCAUCAUGUACCUUAGCUUCAGAGAAAUCUCAAGAAGUCUGUGUAUCCUUUUUCCUCUGGCUCUACACUUUCUUCACUUCUACCGUCCCUAUGGACCUGCCAGCCAGCACACUGAAACUGUUCUCAGAAAACAAAGGCAUCAUCGACUUCCCAGGUUUAUGGUGGUGAUUUAAGGCCAAGAGACAGACUCCAGGCUCAUCUAGUAACACUCAGGCUACUCCAGUUCAAAGGCAGCCACGUGACAGGUGACAUUUUAAAUCUCCAGUCAUUUACUUUGUCAUUGGUUUACUUUUGCUCUCAGGAAAGGUUCCAGAUUCCUAGCAUGGAGUAAAAACACCCAAAUCAGUUUGGCUCCUGUCAAGUUAUUCUGCCUCAUCUCUCAUCACUUGCCAUACUCUGUCCCUUUGCUCUAGCAUCUUGCCAAAGUCGGCUACGCAGAACACAGGGACCUUCCUCAGCUCCAGCUCUCUGCACGUGUUCUUCCCUCCAUCAGCCAUUCUUCUCUCUUGUCCUUCAGGUAUUAACCUACAUAUUGUCUCCAGCAAACAGCCUACAAUAUUGACGUGAAACUGAGAUACAUGUCUCGUCUGUGUGUUCCAACAGUGCCCUGUUUAAUACCUGCCAUAGUGUCUGUGACUGUCUGUGGAAAUUGCCUGCGUGUCUGCUUGCUUUUCAGGUUGUAGCAUGCAAUGUUGAGGGGUGGACUGUAUCAUCUUCGUCUUGUAAUUUCGGUGCUUGUCCUAGUUCCUGAACAUAUGGUUGUUGAAUAAAUGAAUGAAAAAUGAGAAAACCAGGAGUUCUGAUACUUAACCACAAUGGUAAUUCAAUCUGUGACUAUGACCAAAUUAUAUUUCACAGUAAUUUUGUAUUGUAAUAUUGCAUACGUAUUUUUUAUUCUUAUGAACACUGAUGAAGUUCUCAACUCAUGUUACUGACUUACACUUAGUUAACUGUGGAAUAUUUGAGAUAAGUAAUUCUUUCUUUUUUUUUUCCAGAUGCUGCUGAAUUUGAAUUGGGAUCGUAUGUGGUUCCUCAUCUAGGAACUAGUGAUGAGUCAAAUAUAAAUUAAGAUAUAGUUUGGAAAUAUUAAGAAAUAUGUAUUGAUUUUAACCAGAAAUAUAUGAUCUGAAAGACAGUAGAAUGUAAUUGUUGGUCUGUUUACCUGACAUUUUGCUUCCCAUUAUGUAUAUGACGUGAAAAUCUUUAUUAAAGGAAAGUAUUUUUGUAUCAUGCCUGUCUGAUGAAAACUUAUAUAGUAUGUAAAGUAAUGAUUCUUGGUCCUCUUGAGUAACUCUCAAAUGGAUCUUACAAAUGUAAACUAGUAUUAUUGGCCGGGUGUCGUGGCUCACACCUGUAAUCCCAGCACUUGGGAGGCCGAGGUGGAUGGAUCAUGAGGUCAGACCGAGACCAGCCUGACCAACAUGGUGAAACCCCGUCUCUACUAAAAAUACAAAAAUUAGCCGGGUGUGGUGGCGCACCUUUAAUCCCAGCUACUCAGGAGGCUGAGGCAGGAGAAUCCCUUGAACCCAGGAGGUGGAGGUUGCAGUGAGCCAAGAUCGUGCCACUGCACUCUAGCUUGGGCGAUAGAGCAAGACUACGUCUC